AUGGCUGAACAAGCAGAAUCAUGGGUAGAGGUUUCGUCGCAGCCUUCUUCAUCUUCGCUGUCGAGUAUCGGUGAUGAGAUCGUCACCACCGGUUUGCGCGUUGGAAACCCGCACGCACGUCGGCGGCGCCCCCAGAACUCAACAAGAUCCCUUCCGCAGCAGCAGACAGCCAUCCACAACGUCUACGCCGCCGAUCUGAGCAGUCAGGAAGAGUACGACGAGAGCGAUAGCGAAGAGGACCGCCUGCUUACAAGUUCUACCGAGAACGUGCGGCAGGAUGAUGACGAUGAGGACAUGGAUUCCGAUGCGGAGUCGGACGACGGAGAUAACGUCACCGCGCUUGGGCGGGCAUCCGACCAACCUGUCUUCCAACCUCAGCCAAAUGCCUUCUCUCAUCCGCCAACGAACCAAGCCCAAAGACGAGAGUCUGCUCCCGCUAUCCCAACCGUCCCUCCUCCUCAUCCUCACAGCGGUGUUGGUCGGUCGUCGUUCUCUCGGCGCUCCUCCCAGGCACGGCCCCACCGUGCGGGUCCCAGCUUCAUGUCCCCUUCGGUUCGGGAGGAGAACGACGCCGCACUGCGGGCUUCCUUGACGACACUGCUCUCUUGCGCUCAUGCGGCUAGAGGCUUGCCCAAGACCAAGGAGGAGGCAGAGGCUCAGCGGGCUGCCAGCGCGGGCGUAGGCCCCAGCAACCAGCCGAUGGAGCUGCGAUUCGUGCCAGAGUCGGAGCUGGACACGGAGCCAGCCCGGGCCCAGCGACCCACGGCGCCGUCUCCACCACGGAAACGGGCCUCCCCUGCUAGAUCUACUUCCCGCACUUCGGAGAGGGGCAAGCACAGCUCCGGAUCGGCUACGGCCCCACGGGCUACGAAAAAGAAGCGAACGGCGCAGGCGGAAGAGCCGUACAUCUCUCCGACUCUCCUCACCUGGGUUGUCAGCGCUGGUGUCGUGGUCCUCGUAUCCGUGGUGGGGUUUGGUGCUGGCUACGUUAUCGGACGGGAGGUGGGUAAGCAGGAGGCGCUCGCGGCCAGCGUUGGGAGCGUGGGCGGCGUCAACGAGACCACGUCUUGUGGCCAGGAAGUUAUCCGGUCAUCUGGUAACGGCCUCCGCAAGCUUCGCUGGGGGGCCGUGGGAAAGAGCAUCGUUGCUUAGACCUGAGAACACUCUGUGUUUCUUUGUUUAAUGAGCUCGGACUCUGAGGAGCGGACAGGACUUCGUUCCGAACUCUGGAGGUGACUUUUUCGAGGGGGUGGGCGUUUGGGCACUGACGAUAUCAUUCUGCGCGGUCAUGGUCAUGAGAUACGCAAAGCUACGGUCCCAGUGAGGUAAUGUCGGCGUUUUUCAUCUAACGACUCGUUACACACAGGCGGGGAUAUCUUGUUGCUUCAUAUUUUACUUUGCGCGCUUCUCAGGGACAUACACUGGGGAUUUAUGGGAUGGCUUUUAUGAUUUAUUUCUUGCAUGUUUGGGAUUGGCUAUACCGUUGUUUGUGCUUGCAACCGGGUAGAUGCUCUCCACACAUUGGCGUCGGUAAUUAUUCCCCUCAAAGUAUGGUAGUUGGAAUAUGGGAAAUAAAAAUACCCCCGAAAACCGCUUACCCUAUUGUCGAAUAAUCAGCACGAAUUCGAGACGAGGUUGAUUGUGACUAGAUAUCAAGACAUGACCUCUCGAUACGAGCAAGUGAUCGACUUCUGUCUCAAUUUUUGGUCGCGUGAAUAAC